GUCUGAUAAAGCACCACCCACGACCUCAUCUAUCAGUAUGUCUGAGUCGAAUUCCUUUGGACAUUACUGUCAAGAAAGCUUUUAAAAGCCAUUAGCUACACCAGAUAAUAUUAAAGGGCUGUAGAUCGGAGCAAACCUUACAACCUAAGGGAGUCUUUCUUUUAUAACAAUAUUCUUAACUAGAAGGGAUGGCGGCGACUGACAGCGUGUUUGUGGACAAUGUCUUCUACGAUUACCAUAGCCAGCAGAUCAAGCAACAUAUGGAUCUAGUGGUUGAAGGAGGACCAGGAGUAGAAGAAAAUAGUUACAGAAAGCGUUCUUCAGGUGGUGUUAAUGGCGGGCUGGAAGUUUUCAUAGAAGAGAAGCAAGAGGAGGAAGAAGGAGAUGGUGAAGAGAGCAGAUCUAGCGUCAGCACAACUCAGACCUCUUUAAAAGUUAAUGGCUACCAGGCCAGAGGUAACAGCCUGAGCCCAAUGAAGAGACACUCAGGUGGUGAACAAGAAUUGUACGCAGCACAAAAUGGUGAAAUAACCGAAGUAUCAACGCUACAAAGGAGAGAGAGCAAACUGAAACAGCUCAAAAGGCGUCUCUCUGAAAGCUUUUCCAGAAGAGAGCCCACACCGUCACCGAGGCACGAGCCAAAACAGAAGUCAAGAUCAAGGCCGGUUUCAUUAAGCAUUAGCGGAAAGCCUCCGGGGCUAAGGCGUAACUCCAUACCCAUAACUGCCUCGUCAUCAAACGAUGCUAUAGGACCCAAACCUGACAUAGUCCGACCGAUCCCUGCCUUUAGAUCGACAGGAUCUAUCAGUAAUGCAGUUCUCAUUAAUCACACUAGCACUACUGGGAGUGUUGCUGGAGGAGGGACUGGUAAUUCUUUAUUACUACCUAAUCAGAGGCGGUUUUCUACUAGUAACGCUCCAUUGUCACCUUUGGGUAGUCCUUUUGGCAGAUUAGAAACUUACAAGAAGCUAGAGGCAUUGGGCGAAGGCUCAUAUGCAACAGUUUACAAGGGAAUCAGCAUAGCUAAUGGCCAUUAUGUUGCUCUUAAGGAGAUUAGACUCAAUUCUGAGGAAGGAACACCAUUCACGGCAAUUAGAGAAGCAUCACUGCUAAAAGGACUGAAACAUGCAAAUAUAGUUAUUCUGCACGACAUCAUUCAUACCAGUAAUAAUCUUACCUUUGUCUUUGAAUAUGUGGAUACUGACCUCAGUAGAUACAUGGAGAAGCACCCUGGCCCCCUUGAUCCAAGAAAUGUUAAAAUACUACUCAUUCAAUUGCUAAGAGGCCUCAAUUUCUGUCACAGAAGAAAAAUACUUCACAGAGAUCUCAAGCCUCAGAAUAUCCUCCUUAAUCACAAUGGGGAACUCAAAUUGGCUGAUUUUGGUUUAGCCCGUGCCAAGUCCGUCCCCACUAAGACGUAUUCUCACGAAGUCGUGACACUGUGGUAUCGACCACCUGACGUACUCAUGGGAUCCACCGAUUACUUCACAUCCCUUGAUAUGUGGGGAGUUGGGUGCAUAUUUGUGGAGAUGCUGACCGGCAAACCUUUAUUCCCUGGACUAAAAGGCGUCUAUGAUCAAUUGAACAGGAUAUGGAGCAUUCUUGGUACCCCCAAUAAUACAACAUGGCCAGGAGUAACUGAUCUUCCUGAGUAUAGGCCGGAGCAAUACGAGCAGUGUCCCCCACUUGGUCUUGAAGUAGUAGCACCUAUACUUCAUCCUAAAACCAAAGUCGGCGAUUUGGCAAUGAAACUGCUUCAGCUAAUUCCGUCCAAUAGAAUUACUGCUGACGAUGCACUAGCUCAUGAAUAUUUCAGUUCGUUACCUCCAGCAAUCUUUGCACUACCAGAAAGUGCAUCUGUAUUCUUAAUCCCUGGUGUACUUUUCAAUAGAUGAGAAGUAUUUUCUGUUCCGCCUUUUUUUGAAUAUUUUAUUCGUAAAUGACACAAUCAAGUCUUCCCUCUCUCUCUCUCUUUCUUUUGUUUAAUUCUUUUUCUUUGCAUUUCUAUUCUUUUUUGAUUUCCUGAUAUUCAUGACGUCAUCUUCUAGUUUUGUAUUAUUAUUAUUAUUCUAUUGUGAAUUACGGUCAAAUGUUUCGUUCAGAAAAUGUUUUUAUUUAUUAUA